AUUUACCUGAGGGGGUGUUCGCAGUUGUUUUCUCACAGGCAGAUGAGAGUCCGAGUCUACUCCAAACCGUUUUGUCUGAGGGGGAAUUAGGGCCCGCAGGAAGAACGCCAGGGAGAGAUUUGAGUGGAAUGAAUGUGAAUCCCGUCAGUUGUAAAGGCCUGAUGCCCGUCAGCAUUGAGCUUCUGACGGACCAAUCACAGCGCUCCCUCACAGGCGGACCUCCGUGAGGCCAGUCGCAGUUAGGCGGUGUAACCUAUCGCUCAGAAAACAUGACGGGAGCAAGCAUCAGUCCGUGUAAGAUGCGGAAAAGUUAAUAUCGUCGCCUUCCGAUCAGUUUGGCAGAGGCGGCGCGCGGCGAUCCGAACUUUGACGCGCAUGCGGCAGAUGAUGAAAAUGGAAUUAUCCACACGGAGACAACAACUGCGGCUGUUCGCUCGGAAACUGUUAGUGUGAGAGCCGUCUCCUGAACCAGUGAACGUCUGCCUGACCAGCAGCUUCGAUCAACACCUGAAUUUGAAAGCCAUUUCGAGAGGACUGCAAACAUUCUUUUCAACUCUCCAGGGGUAAAAGGAGCACGUCCCCGACACAACUGCCGCAGCUUUCAGCGUCCCGCCUCCCCAUCCGUGCCCACAUUUCUGCCACAGAUAGGAACGUUUUGAUAAUUACAUGGAAUUAUAAGUUUCCGUGGGAGAGGGCUCUGCCUCUGACACAAUCGCUUCACACAUUUACAUAUUUCUCAUCAAAAGUACGAUUCUUUGAACCUCCACAGACAAAUCAGGGAUCAUUUCACUUGGCGACACAUGUCAAAUGGAGAAUGUGUGUAAUUUCUGACGCAGACAGAUGUGGCUGUGGGUGCUCUUGUUCUUUUCUGACUAGCACGCCGGCGCCCCUUUCUCACCCCAAACAUAAUCACGGUAACAUGUCGGGGGAGGAGUGAUGCACCUUUUAUAACCAUAGAAAAGAUGGAGCUGCAUAUAUAGAGAUGAGGAGUGACGAGGUAGCGGGAGGGAGCACUUUGAUGAGAAACCGAAUCAUAAUUUCAAUAUUUCGCUGAGCUAACUAAGUGCCAACUCUGAGUGUCUUUGUGUCAUCAACCUGGACUAAAGCUGAUGGAUCUAAACCUGGCUGUAUUGGAGUGUAGAGUGCUACUGAGAUGUGUUGAUGUUCACUCUUAAAAAAGAACACCAUUAAGAGAAAAGCCGAGCAAGAGUACAGAACGUGACAUUAGUGACUAAAAGCAUGAAGAUUGUCGUUUUCAAGUCAGAACAUUUACACAGCUGUGGCCUCUUCAGCCUCUCAGACUAUUAAAGAGCCUUCAGAGGGCAAAAGAUGCAGCCGUUACACCGUCAGGGUUCCCGCCUACAGGUGAAUUAACAACAUUUUAAUACCAUUAGCCGCUUCCUUUAUGACCUUUCACGCAAUUUUACAAAACAGGUCUAAAUUCUUGUCGCCUGAGAAUCCUGAAUGAGACAUCAGUGCUCGUCACAUGACACCUGAAGCUUUGAUUAUAGUAGGUUAGACUGCAGAUCCAGCCUUGUAGCUGCAUUGACUCAACUACAGAAAAUAGCUCUCUUAGUCAUGUAAAAAUGACGCCCACGAUCAAUCUCCGACUCCUCACUGUCUCACUGCUCUCCCUCCUUUCUGUCUCACUGACCACCUGUGUUGAGAGCUCAGAGGCGCCCCCUCCCCAGCAGACUGACCCCUCAGGGAGAUUGAUAACAGCGACACCCCCCGGGCCUUUACUUCACCUUCUUGCUCUGCAGUCCCAUCAAAGGCCAGCCAAUCUCCAACGAAAACCCAAAUCAAAUUCUGAUACUGGUGAUGGAGUUUUAGAAGCGCUGCCGAGACCGCUGCCUCAAGUCAUGCUUUCCAAGAAUGUCACGUCAUCCGAGGCCCUGGCACCGCCCUUGGGUGCGGCCCAGGUGGCACCCCGGCUGAUGGACGUGUGGAUGGAUGUAUGUCGGGGUUACUAUGACGUCAUGGGACAUUUUGACAGCGCCUUCAACUGCUCCAAGGAUACCUUCAUCUACUGCUGCGGCACCUGCCACUACCGCUUCUGCUGUCCAGACAGCAGUCAGCAACUGGAUCAGGACCGGUGCCGAAACUACGACUCCCCGGACUGGGCCAAGCCUCCCACAGACUCCGUCAUUCUACCAGACGACCUGGGUACUGAACCAGAUGUCGACCCCCUCAGGCAGCAGAGCCACAACACUGGCCUCGUCAUUGGAGGGGUGGUGGUGUUCAUGGCGGUAGUAGCUGCUGGCAUCAAGUUGGUCUUCAACAAAGUCCAGCAGGAAGCCAACCAGAGAGACAUCAACAUGCCCCGAGCUCUGGUCGACAUGCUGCGACACCAGUCCAGUCCGGUCCAGCAGGAUGAGAGGAAUAACAGUGUCGCUCUGACUGUGGGUGAUGGGCAGGGAACACUGGGGAGACCUCCAAAAAAUCUUUAUGCCCCAGGACUGCCAAGCAAGGACAAUAGAUUGGGGAACCUGCAGCACAACUUCAUCCACCCCCAAGGAUCCAGUCCCAAACACACAGCAACUAUUGAACGCACCCCUCGGAUGAACAAUGCUCAGCUGGCAGCCGGGGGCACGCUGCUGUCCAGUAAACACAACAACACCAAAUCCCAGCCGUCCUUCCACCACUCGCUGCACAACCUGGCUCAGCUGCCUCCUUCUUAUGAGAGCGCCACCAAGCCAGAGCUCAACAGAUACUCCUCGCUCAAACGUCUUGAAAAAGGUCUUGAUGAAUACUCAUCUGGCUACUGCACCACUAAACGUCGACCCCACACGGCCCAGCCAGCUCUCCAGUCCUCCCAGCACCACCUACAUUGGGGUGGUGACUACACUCUCAGCGGCAGAGGAACCCUGCCUAGACACGCGGCCCGUCCAUGGAUCCCACCACCACCAUCAGGCAUGCCUGCCUCGCCCACCCCAAAUCCUUACCCUCUGGAUCCUCCAGAGUCACAGUACAACCCCAACUACGAUACCCUGUCCAAGCCCAGGAAAGUCAAGUCCACAGACCAGCUGCUCAACAUGGGCGACGUCCCUGGAAACACUGGUACUCUGUCCCGCAUGUCCAAGAACCAGCAGCACCAGUACUAUAAAGCCAUGGCCGCCUCAAACAAAACCUCCAACACACAGACUCUCACCCGCAAGACCCAGGAUCGUCAGGAGCGACAAGAUCGGAUGCUCAUGUCUCCUGACCACUUGGAGGAAAGGAUGGGCGGGGUGGCAGUGGUGGAUCCAUAUGCUCACACUGGAGGUCCAGUUCCGACUCUUCCGCGCCAGCAGAAGGCCCAGUCUCAGCAGAAUGUCUGUGCUACUCCCUCCCUGGACCGACACCACAUGAUCAAGAUGAACUCUCAUCCAACAUCCGGGCGUGAGCAGGAGAGGAACCCCGGCAUGACAGGCCACAUCAGUGGAGGAAUGGGCUGGGCAGGGGAGAUGCCUCCCGCAGGUGUAGUCAUGGGAACGGGAACACUGGGAGGCCACAGCGCCAGGAGAAUGGCCUUCGCCGCGAAGAGGCAGAAUACCAUUGAGCAGCUACACUUUAUCCCAGGAGGAGGAGGAGGAGGAGGAGGAGGAGGGGGGUCGGCAGGAAGCAGCGGAGGAAGUCAGGGGAUCAGGACGGGGAGUAAAAAUGAGGUGACAGUGUGAGGUUAGUGCCUAAUGUAGAGUUCAGGAUUAAAUCGAUGUUUAACUAUUAGAGGUAUAACUACAAGAACUAAAGCAUUAGAGCAGCGUGUUAGUGUCUCGGCUUCUCAAAUUGACGUCAACUUGUAGUCACAUAGCUUAAAUAUGAAUACACAGUUAAAUAUGGAAAUAUCCGUCUUACAGCCUGCAUCAGCCAUAUUUUCUAACAGAACCUGCCAUAUACAGCAGUGCCGUUACGUGUAGACAGAACAAACUGGACUGUCUGACAAGAUCCAUUAUUUGGUUUUGUAUGUUUGUCUAGAUGUACUCAGGAGCCAUAUUAGAUAGGAAGCGGAGAGUGACAUCACAGAGUUUUAUUGGAUCCAAAACCCUGAUGGAUCGUCAAGCUUCUCUGCACAUUAAAAGGGAAUUUAGUGGAUCUAAUUGAAACUGUGUGCCUGCUCAUGCGUCGUGGAACUGACUUCCUGCGGACCAUCAUGUGUUUGGAUCAGCAGAGCUGAACUCAAGCCGGACACACCUGGCAGGUCUCAACCUGUCGUCAAAAACUGCGGAUUCGCCCCUGUCCCAUACUGAUCUGAUGCCUGGGUUGCCUAGUUUAUCCAUGUGACCUUAGAUCGCUGACGGCACAGGACAUGAGCGUCGCCCCAUUUUUCAAUCAGGACCUUAAUGCAAAAAAAAAAGAAAUGGGCUACCAAAUAAUCUAGAGCCAUUGAUGAGACCUUGACAGAAACAUACAACGUCAAAUCAGCAAAGGACACUUUGCUUCACAGAAGACAAAGAGAUGGUUGCACUUACUGUCCUUCAAAGCCAUUUUAAGGUGAUACCAAGAGAACACCUCAGGGGAAGCUGGUCCGACAAUCACCCUUUGACCACAAAUUAAAACCACCGAAGUCUUGUUCACUUGUUUUGGCCGGAUUAGAGGGAGAUUAGGACGCCCUUCCCACUGACUCAAAGACUUUUGCUGUAUCAUAAUGCACAAAAGAACGCAACAAGGAAUCAUUGAAGACCAGGCUUCUCAAUACUAAGGGCUAUCCUAUCCUAUAUACUGUAGUGUGUGAUACCUGUGGUCCAUAUAGAAAUGCUAUCUCUCUCUUGAUUUCGUGUUGAUAUUGUCGUAUUGAGUAUUAAAGUGUACAAACUCAAGCACACAGACACAAACUUUGCACAUAUCCGCCCCCCAAACCCUCACCUCCUGACAGGGUCAAAUGUAUCUCCAGGUUUACAUUCAGCAACGGUUUAGUCACAAGAGAACGUUUUUAUUUUUUGGGAGGAGAAUGGCAGAAUGAGAUCGACAAGGUGAUGGUUUGAUACAAAUCUACUUUUCAUUUGGACUCUAUACACAGUACUAAAUGUAGUUGUUAUGAAUAUUAUGAAGUGUUAUGAUUAAGAAUUAUUAUAACUGUCAUGGUUAUUAUUCAGAAUUAUCUUAUGGUGUGAUGUUCCUUUACUUGGUGGACUAUGUGGACUAAGUGUUUAUUGUUAUUUUGAUAACUAGUACUUUUAUUAGUAGUUCUUUCUCUCUCUCAUACAUCUGGUUCAUAAAUUCAGAGAACAUUCCAAAUCUUGAUGCAUGCGAGCUCCAUUUACUCUCCUCCAGAUGUUUGUACUGUGCCUAGUCAUCAGCCUUAGAACACUAUAAUCUCAAUUGAUGCCACCCUGAUAUCAGCAGCCUUCUUAAUAUUGUUGUUCAGGAGAUGGCUCGGUUUGGGUCACUCCGAACCUGACGCCAUAAUAACUCUGUGUUUGUAUAAAUGUUUGUCACAGCAGGAUGGUGAGGGACCUUAUGGAAGCUUUUGAUUGCAGUAUGUUUUUUCAGGGAAAUUGUUGGGACGAUGUAGAGUAGAUUUUAUAAUAGAGCCCCAAAAGGUCUGUAGCAAAGUCUGUACAAGCCCAUAAGCCAUAUCCAUCAUUGAAGUCACACUUUGUAAAGUGGUUAAUCUAAUUUGUGCAAGUAAUGUAUUUUGUAGAGCUCGUACAAUCAGAAUAUUUUCUGUGCUUUCUUCCACUUUAUUUUGAGCAUUCAGAUGUGUUUGUAUUUAAUGCCUUGUACAGUGCCAUUACAUUUUUGUCCUUCUGCUGUCAAAAGUCUUCACAACUGAAUGGAGACAAGCUGGAGUUGAGAGGGAAAUAAAUGAAAACGGUGUGAUUCACCUUUAUGAAUUCAUGAUCGAGAUGAUCAGAGAAGUAAACAGGGGCAGUGUAAGGAUGGGCAUUUUGUUUGGUGAAGAUGGAUCUAUUUUCAUGCUUAUAUAUUUGAAAGCGACUCUUUUCUUAUAAUUCAAUAAAUCAAAAUCCUUGGAUACGGCAACAAAUUACUAAAAUAAUUUGUUUAAUAAAGUUGGUGGGAAGCAUUUUUGUCAGU